AUGGACGCUGUCUUCUCCGUCCAUGUUGGCACCCUUGUCGGCGCGCUGCCGUACGAAAAGGUGGCGCCCGGCGAAUGCGUCACGCUUCAUGGCUCGAGCGUGUGCGGCCUGCGCGUGGCGGAAGACCCGCUGGGAAAUCUCGUCGCCGACGCGAUGCGCUGGUCGGCACAGACGGAAUGCGCGCUCGCGAAUGGAGGGAUGAUUCGCGCAGCGCUACCAGCGGGCGCCGUCUCUCAGAAGGAGCUUGUCGAGAUGUUGCCCUUCCAGAAUGAGGUGACAAUCGUGCGGCUGAGUGCGGCCGACCUGUUUGCGGUGCUCGAGGUCAGCAUCUCCGGGCUCGCCGCAGUGACGGCCGUCUCAGCACCUCUUGGCCGCUUCCUCCAGGUCGCCGGCCUCCGUUUCGAGUGGUGGUAUGAGUCGGGUGGCAUCCCACUUGUGCAUGCCGUGCAGCUCGAGGGUUCAGACGGCACACUGAGGCCGCUAUCGCGCACAAACACCUCCGAGGUCACUUGUGCCGUGCCGUCGUUCCUUGCCAGCGGCGGCGAUGGCUACUCGGUGCUCGGCACAAAAUCCUCCACAGGGACCGGGUUGCAGACCGCGGUGGCGCUGGCCGACUACUUCGCGGCCGCCGCGGGCGUGCUUGACCCGCGGGUUGAGGGACGUAUCAGCCGGAUCGCAAAGCCGCGCUACCGCCCGGCGACGGUAAACAUUGGGCUGCUUGCGCCGAUGUUCUAUCCCGACGGCACCAUCGACCUUUCCACUACGUCGUGCCGCGCCGCCUUCCUCCUCGCUCUCAACGAGAUCAACGACAAGCAAGACGGCGUCGCCGACACGCUGCUCCCCUUUACCCAGCUGCGCUUCGCCUACCGCGAUUCGAAGUGUGACCCCAUCUACGGCUUGCGCGGCGCCGUUGAGCUCUCGCAGAAUGCGUUUGGCGAUGGCGUCAGCGCCAUCAUCGGCGCGGCCUGCUCCUCCGCGUCCACCUGGGCUGCCACCGCUGUUGCCGACAUGCCGAUUCUCUCGAGCUCCGCAACGGCUGCCACGCUGAGCGACUCGACGCAGUACCCGUCGUUUGCGCGUGUUGUGCCGUCAGACAACUUUCAGACGCAGGCGAUGGUCGACCUCCUCGUCAACCUGUGGGGUUACACGAGGGUUGCCCUCGUGAGCAGCACAGACGCGUACGGCACGGCGGGCGCGAAAUCGUUCACCCGGUCUGCGCGCGCGGAGAGUCUCGAGAUUCUCGCUGACGUGCGUUGCACGGAUGGCGAGGCGGACCUUUCGCUGCAGUUGUCGACGCUUCGCAACUCGGGCGCGCGCGUCAUCGUCAUCAUAUGUCCCGACCCCCCCAGCGCCAGCCGCUUCCUCGCCGAAGCGUACGCCGCCGGCAUUGGCGGCCCUGGCUACUUGUGGCUCGGAGCCGAUGCUGUGACACAGCCGCAGACGUUCGACAGCGUUGAGCUCGCGCCCAGUGCGACGCAGCGCGAGCGCAUUGCACAGGGCUUCUUUGGGACGACCGCCGCAGAACCGAGUGGCACGAGGUACGACAAUUUUCUUACGCGGCUGCGCGCAAUGCCGUCGACGAGCGACACCACAUCCCCCGGCAGCUGCAAUUUGCAGUUGGAUGACGAAGGAGGUUCGUAUGUGUGGGCGGGGGAUCACGACGGCAAUGCGAGCACGCAGCUCUUAUGCGCCGGGUUCAACGCGACAAGCAUCUCGGAGUGGGCCGCAUAUGAAUACGACGCCGUGUAUGCGCUCGCGCACGCGAUCCACGAUCUGCUCGAGGUUCAGCAGAAGAGCGCCAUCGUCGGCGCCGAGCUGAUCGCCGCCCUAAUGGAGCGCGUCAGCUUCGAGGGCGUGACGGGGCUCAUCGAUCUCCACACCGGAGACUCGAACGGUGUGUAUGGAGCCCACUCAUACCGUGGCGACCGGCAGGUAGGCGUCGUCUACGAUGUCAAGAAUGUUGACGCCUCGGGGCAGCUCGUGACCAUCGGCAGGUGGGCGCCGUGCGCCACCUGCUCGUUCGCGCAGCGAUGGGAACAGGUUGCCCCUCUGGUGUACUCCACGGGUGGAGCGACGUCGCCACGACCGGAGGUGCUUGUUGCUGAUCCAUCGUCCAACUCCGCCGGGCCGAUCAUCGCCAUCGCGGUAUCAGCCACUUUUGGGCUGACGCUAGCCGUGCUAUUAUCAUGGCGGCGCAUCGUCAACAUCAGCGUCAAGAAGAUCGAGCAGUGGUGGGGGCUCCCCGCAGUAAAGAAGAGCAAUGAAGCCGAGAAGGAACGCAAAUGUUGCUCCUUCUGGUUCGUGCCCGCCGACUUUGUCGUUGAACUCGCAGGGGCUAUCGGCGAGGCAGCGGGCGCAGAAGAAGAAAAGUCGAGCUCUGGUUCGAAUAGCGGUGGCAACAGGCGCUCAAAGUUCCUCGCCCAGUAUCUCGACGCGAGCACGCCCACGACGACCUUAAGCAGGUGUUUUGCCCGCUUGCAGCAAGUCAGAGAGGCGACGAGCUCGCUCCCAACGGCGAAGGUGCACCCGGCAGCAGACGGCGCGGCGCCAAAGCUUCACAGGCAACGUUCACUUGAGAGAUGGGUUUCCAGCCCUCAAGAGAGCGAGAGGGAAAAGCUGAUGCGGCUGUUGACCGACGUGCGCAAGUCGGAGGGCCCUGCAUUCGCGCGUGCCAUCGCCGCGUCCAACCUCACUUUCCGUGCUCUCAAGAAGGCGGGCGUGCUGGUGCGGCGCGAAAUCUACGUCGAAGAUGCUUUCCGUGGCAAGUAUGCGCAAGAAUACCUCGCGGUGAGCCACCGCUGGAUGAUUGCCGAAGCACCCGACGCGGCGACGGGGGCCGAAUGCGCGCAACUCGACGCUAUCGCGAAGCACUUGCUUAGUCAGCCCGAGUUAACUCGCCCGAGGUUCGUGUGGUUCGACUUUUGGUGCAUGCCACAACACUCCCGGGUCGACCACACGGCGUACCUGUUUGUGCUUCGAUCGAUGCUGUACCCUAGCAGACGGUUGGCCUGCUUGUACGAUGCGAUCGCUUCUGUCUUCUCCCUGCUGAGGACGUAUGCCACAGCACCCGCUGCGGAGGGCGAGGGGAAACGCAAACGCAAGUGCCGGCGCACGCCGCUCGAGGACGAAUCGUUCUACUGGAUGCUGGAGAAUAUGUCAAUGCUAUACGUUGGUUGCGCCGUCCUCAUCCUCCUCGAUCGCGCCUACCAAUCCCGCUUCUGGACAAGCUUUGAGGCGUGGCUCGCCUUGCGCACCGCCACCGCCGAGGGUCUCGUGAAUACGCCUUGCCCAACCGACACUGGGGCCACGGAAGGUGGGCUGGCGCAACUAUCGCCGCGCGCGAGCGUCGCGACCGUGUACGGCGCGCCUGGCGCGCUAAUUCAGUCGCUGCAGGAGGAAUGGGCAAUGUGCACUCGUGAGGAGGCGCGCGAGAAGCUCAGGUCGCCCGACGUGAGCGUGUCCAACGGAAAGGAUAAGGAAAUGCAGUUGGGCAGGUGGGAGGGCGACAAAGUGAUUGAGUGCAAAAUCUUUGAGCUUGACGACCUCGCACAAGAGGGCGACACCCACCCGGCGGCCGUGGUGAUGAUAAUCUCCACAACCGAGGCGGACGCCGUGCUGAGCCGGAGCGGGCUCACUGCCGCGCAGCUGCUGGCGCCGUUUGCGCGGGCGGACCCCGGCCUGACGGUGCAGACGAGCGGCGAGCCGUACCGGCUGCGGCGCUUCUGCAUGCGCUUCGAGGCGGCCGGCGACAUCCGCGCGGCGUCGCCCGAGGAGUCUGAGCGGCGGCUGCUCGCCCUCGUGGCGGCGCACGACACGUCGCAGCCGCUGCAAGAGCAGCGCACGGCCGCGCUGGCGCCGUGGCUCGCGCCGGUGCACGAGGCGCUCUCGGCGGAGCUGCGCUACGCCGAGCACGCGGGGCACGAGUACCCUGCGCUGCACGAGCUCGGCCGCGCGCUCGGCCCGGCCGCCUGCCACAUGCUGCCCGUCAACUCGGCACCCGGCCCGUCGCCGACGCCGCACGCAGAGUGGGCCUCGGUCACCGCACCGCCGGGCGCGCCUGCCGCCGGAGCGCUGAUGAGCGAGUCUGACGUCGCCGGCAUCGCGGGCUUCGCGCGAACGCAGCUCUGCCGCGCCGUGAUCCACCAGCUGCAAGGCCGGCUGCAGGCCCUCGAGACGCUCGUCAAGGAGAAGCGGCAGGGCCUCAAGAACACCUUCCGCUCGUGGAUCGGCGCCAAGCGCCUCUCCUCGCCCGGCGGCGCCUCGGCUGGCGGCGGCCCCUCGGCUGGUGCUCUCGUCUACCCGAGCACCUGCAUCGAGGAGAAUAGCGGCUCCCCACCGCACGCACCACCCCUUCCUCCUUCCCCCCUCGCCGCGCACCUGCGGCAGGUUGCCGAUUACGCCCUCCUGCUGCGCGACUACUCGCUCGCGCUGCAGUACUACCGCGCCGCUGCGGCAGAGUUCAAGGCGGACAAGGCGCGCACCGACGGCCUGCCGGCAGCCAGCUCAGCGAGCCCCAGUCUUGAGCGACUCGUGUGCCUCCUCCAGGCCGAGGACCCGCGCGGCGCCGCCGAGGCAGCGGAGAAGGCGGCCAAGGCGUACCUGCUAGGCAAGGCCAAAGACGGCGACCGCGCGGUCGCUCGCUCGCUCGUCAACCAGUCGACGCAGGAGUCGCCCCUCUUCUCCGCCAUGCUGCUCGAGCAGGCCGCCCGUUGCUUCGUCUCCUUCCACGCCGCGCCGAUGCACAGGCAGCAGCAGCCGCGCGACAUGCCCCUCGCCGGCCCGCUGCAGCCCCCUCCGCCAGACCUUCUCACACCUUCCCGCAGGCAGCACGCGCUCUACAUGGUCCUCGCCGGCUUCCGCUUCCUGUCGUGCGGCCAGCGCCGGCUGGCGGCGCGCGCCUACUCGUCGGCGCUCCGCGUGUAUGAGGGGCGCGGCUGGACGCACAUCGAGGGCCACGUCUGCUCCGCCCUCGCGCGCAACUACGCCGCUCUCGGGCUCGUCGACCUGUCGGAGCGCGCCGCCGCCGCCCGCGCGCCCGCACGCCCGUUUCCCGGGAGCGCUGCCCUCACCCCCGCCCUCUCUCCGCGGCAGGUUGCCUUCUUCCUGCGCCUGCUGCGCAACGGCGCCCAGCCCUCCGAGCGGCUCGCCGGCUGCCUGCGCGAGCUCCGCUCUCUCGUCGCGAAGCAGCCGCGUGCCGAGCGGUUCGAGGCGCUGCCGCUGCCGCGCUUCCGCAACGAGAGCAUCGCGGUCCUCCUCAACGACAAUGGCGCGGUGGGCGGCGUCGCCGAGGCGGCUGACGACGAGACGACCACGCUGUCCGCCUCGCACCCGCUCUGGAAGCCGCUGAUCGAGCCGCUGCUGCCGCCGUCCGAAGUUGCCCUCGGCAACUGGCUGACCGGGCCGCGUGCGGCGGCGGCGUCGGCGGCGGCGCUCCCGUGCGCCGUGGUUGGCGAGUGGGUGCAGCUCGCCAUCAGCGUCGAGAACCCGACGCAGCUCUCUCUCGAGCUGAGCGAGGUGCGGCUCGUCUGCACCUUCUCGGGCACGGAGGGGGCGGAGGGCGGGGCGGGGGGCGGGGCGGGGGGCGGGGCGGACGGGCCGCUCGAGCUCGAGAGCGUCGGCCUCGUCCUCGAGCCGGGCCAGACCGCGAGGCUGCGGCUCGGCGCGCAGCGGACCGGCCGCGAGUACUCCUUCUCGCAGAGCCUCUCCCUCUCCGUGACGCGCCGGAUGCCGCUGCUGCGCGCGUCGCUCGAGGGGGCGCCUGCCGAGCUCCUGCUGGGCGAGACGGUGCACGCGACGCUCCGCCUCUGCAACGAGGGCUCGAUGCCGCUCAGCUCGCUGCGCGUCCGCCUCUCGCACCCCGCGUUUUGCGUGCUCGGCGAGCCGCUGCCCGGCGGCGCCUCCGCUCCCGCCGCGGCGCCGGCGCCCACCGGAGCGGGCGAGACGCUGCUUCACACCAGGAGGCCCGCCCGCCCGCCCGGCGCCGGGUCCGACCCGACGAUGGCGACGGUGGCGCUGCCCGGCGGGCAGCUGGUGCCGGGCCAGAGCCUGGCGAUGCCGCUCUGGGUGCGCGCCGCCGAGGCGGGCCGCCACUCGCUCCACUUUGCCCUCGUCUACGAGCCGCUCGAGCCGCGGCCGCAGCUCAAGCGGCGCGUCUGCCCGCUCUCGGUGCAUGCGUGCCGCCACGUGCUCGGCUUGCACGUGCGCCGCGACUCGUCCGAGGGGCCGCCCGAGGGGCCGCGGCUGCGGCUCGCGCAAGUCUCGAGCGUCUCGCAGGGGUGGGAGCUCGCCCCGCUCAGCGGCCGGUCCGCCCCGCCGCCCGCCCUCGCCGCGGGGGAGGAGUGCGUCGUCCACCUUCGGCUGGGUCAGGCGGCGCAGCACGGGCCGGGCGGCGGCGCGCCCCUCCCCUUUGUCCACUCCGAGCUGCGCUUCGGCGGCGGCGGCGGCGGCGCGCCGGUCGACUCGCGCGCGGUGCCGCAGCUGCGCUUCCUCGAGCAGGACGCCGCCGCCGCGGUGAGCCCCGGUAGCGCCGACGACGACAAGUACGGCCGCGCCUCUCCCACUCCCUCGCCCGAGCCGCGCGACGACCUCUCCGCCGCGGCGCUCCUCCUCCACUGGCAGACGGAGGACGGCGGACGGCGCGGGCAGCUCCAGGUGACGUGCGUGCGCGUCGGGGUGGACCUGGCGCUCGCUGCGCCGGCGAGGAGGCUCGCGGGCCGGUCGCCAGCGCCCGGGGCGGGCAGCUCCCCGCUGCCCUCGGCCGCGGCGCUCGCGGCGGCGCUGCACCUCGCCGUGGUGUGCGAGUCGUGCGCCGUCUGCCGCCCGCCCGAGCCGUGCCUCCUGCCCGUCACGCUGCACGUCCGCAACUCCUCCGACGCGCCCCUCGCCUUCAACUUCGCGGCCGGCGCCGCCGCAGAGCCGGAGGGCGGCCAGUCGGCGGCGGCCGAGGGCGGCGGGCAGUACGCGUGGCUGGGCACCACGCGGCUGACGCGGCACUGGCUCGGGCCAGGCCAGACCGCCGAGCUGAAGCUGCACGCGGCCUUCGCCGGAGUCGGGGCCGCGGUGCUCGAGGGGCUGUCGGUGGCGGUGUGCGGGUGGCGGGACGCAGGCGGCGAGCCCACCUGGCUCGACGAGCCAGCCCUGUGCGACGGGCCCCCGCCGUGCACCGUGCGCGUCAAGCCCGGGCUUUAG